CCCUCCCUCCAACGGUCAGCGCACGGCUGCGCGACUAACGCGCUGCGCCAUCGUACCGCUAGGUGGUGCGUCCGCGGCGGUUCACGCACGCGCGCGACGUGCAUCCGCGCGCGCCAAGAAAGUAGUUCGCCUCUUUGGAGACAUAACACUGUCGCGCUUGAAAAAUGCGACGGUGGUUUCGCGUUUGGAAAAACAUCGUCGCUCCGCCGUUGCGUCAUCCUCCGGGAAGGACAUUGCAUUUUCGCGUGCGCGCCUGUCGCGGGCCGAGUCGUUCGUGCGAGGAUCGGGCGCGAGAAUAUCAAAGGUGCUUGUAUCACUGCGCCGCACGUUGCUGUGUGACGGAAACGAGUGCGCGAGUCAAGGGGAGAAAGAGGAAGAAGAGGGAGAUAGACGGCGGUUCGCUCCGGCGCGAGAGAGAGAGAAAGAGAGAGAUAGAGAAGGAGAGAGAGAGAGAGAGACAGCAGCCAGCAGGAAGUGGGCGUCUGAGUGGGGGGGACGUCGAAGGCAGUUGAUUCGGUGGUGGCUACAUGUGGGUAUCCGCCGGCCGCGACAAGGAGAUUUUUCGUGCCAGGGAGCAGAUAUAAAACUUCCUUCUGCGUUGCACCGCCGAGGGACGACGGGUACCGUGUGACGAGCCGUGUGAUCGGGAACACUUCACCGUAAUCAUGCAGAUGGAUCCGACGACGUUACAGCUAAUCCAGGUCCUCGAGAGGACCGUUUCGUCGGAUAAAAAUGAGCUGGUGGCUGCACAGAGCUUUCUCCAACAGGCGGCUGAUGCUAAUCUCCAUGAAUUCGUACAACGACUCAGCGCUGUGCUGUUCACAGUCGGCGCGAGCCCCAUCGCCCGUAUGGCAGCGGGCUUACAGCUCAAGAACCAACUUACCUCCAAGGAUCCCGACAUGAAGUUCCAGUACCAGCAACGCUGGCUUGCUAUUCCCGCUGAAACAAGGGAAUACAUCAAGAAAAAUAUUUUAGGAGCAUUAGGAACUGAGAACAAUAGGCCAAGUUCCGCGGCACAAUGUGUCGCUUACGUCGCUGUUGCCGAGUUGCCUGUGGGGCAGUGGAAUGAGUUGAUAGAGGUGCUACUCAAUAAUGUCACCAACCCGUCCAGUACCGACAUAAUGAAGGAAGCUACUCUAGAGACUAUCGGAUAUAUCUGCCAAGAGAUCGAGAGCGAAGUAUUAGUGUCGCAGUCAAAUCAGAUUCUCACCGCUAUCAUUCACGGCAUGAACGGUUCGGGCACGUCGAAUCAUGUUCGAUUGGCGGCCACAAGCGCGUUGUACAAUUCACUCGAGUUCACCAAAGGAAAUUUCGAGAAGGAGUCAGAGAGAAACUUCAUCAUGGAAGUUGUAUGUGAGGCUACUCAGUCCACUAAUACACAAAUCAGAGUGGCUGCAUUACAGUGUCUCGUGAAAAUUAUGUCUCUGUACUAUCAGUACAUGGAACCAUACAUGGCGCCAGCACUCUUUCCCAUCACUUUGGAGGCUAUGAAGUCCGAUAUCGAUGAGGUGGCGCUGCAGGGAAUUGAAUUCUGGUCGAAUGUAUCCGACGAGGAAGUCGACUUGUCGAUGGAAGAGGGCGAGGCGUCGGAGGGAGGCCGGCUGCCGCUGAAGGUUUCGCGGCACUACGCCAAGGGGGCUCUGCAGUUUCUCGUGCCGGUGCUCAUGAAGAAGCUGACCAAACAGGAAGAGUUCGACGACGAAGACGAUUGGAACCCCUCGAAGGCCGCCGGUGUCUGUCUGAUGCUGUUGUCCUCUUGCUGCGAGGAGAGCAUCGUUCCGUUCGUUCUUCCGUUCGUCAAAGACAACAUCAAGAGCCCCGAUUGGAGGUACAGAGACGCGGCUCUGAUGGCUUUCGGCUCCAUCCUGGGUGGUCUGGAGCCCACCACUUUGAAACCGCUGGUGGAGCAGGCGAUGCCCACUCUCAUCGAGCUGAUGUACGACAACAGUGUGGUCGUCCGGGACACAGCUGCGUGGACGUUCGGCCGCAUAUGCGAGAUCAUUCCGGACGCCGCGAUAAACGAGACCUAUCUGAAGCCGCUGCUGGAGUCCCUGGUGAACGGGCUGAAGGCCGAGCCGCGCGUCGCCGCGAACGUGUGCUGGGCGUUCACCGGUCUGGCGGAGGCGAGCUACGAGUCCGCGGAAGCCACCGAGGAUGGCAAUCAGCCGGAAACGUACUGCAUGUCCCAGUACUUCGAUUUCAUCGUUCAACGGCUCCUGGAAACGACGGACCGACCGGACGGGGCGCAGGCGAAUCUGAGAUCCGCCGCUUACGAGGCGCUGAUGGAGAUGGUGAAGAAUUCGCCGCGCGACUGUUACGUUACCGUGCAAAAGACCACGAUGGUGAUAUUGGAGAGACUACAGCAAGUACUGCAGAUGGAGUCGCACAUACAGAGCCACUCGGAUCGUGCGCAAUACAACGAUCUGCAGUCUCUUCUGUGCGCAACCUUGCAGUCGGUACUACGUAAGGUGACCGCUGAGGACGCACCGCAGAUAUCCGACGUAAUCAUGACCGCACUGCUAGCCAUGUUCAGCUCCAAUUCUUGCAAGGCGGGCGGCGUUCAGGAGGACGCGCUCAUGGCGGUCUCCACUCUGGUCGAGGUGCUCGGCGAGGGCUUCUUGAAGUACAUGGAGGCGUUCAAGCCGUACCUCUGCCUCGGCUUGAAGAAUCACGCGGAAUAUCAGGUGUGCUGCGCCGCGGUCGGUUUGACCGGCGACAUCUGCCGUGCCCUCAAGAACAAGAUGCUACCCUACUGCGACGAGAUCAUGACACUGUUGCUCGAGAAUCUUGGCAACAACGCGGUCCACCGGUCGGUGAAACCCCAGAUCUUCUCGGCCUUCGGCGACAUCGCGCUGAGCAUCGGUCCCGAGUUCAAGAAGUACCUGGACGUCGUGCUGCAGACCCUGGUGCAGGCGUCGCAGGCUAACGUCGACAGAAGCGACUACGACAUGAUCGACUAUCUGAACGAGUUGCGCGAAGGCGUGCUCGAGGCUUACACCGGCAUAGUCCAGGGCCUUCGCGGGGACGGCACUAACUGUCCGGACGCCGCCAUUGCUCUGAUCGAGCCGCACGUGCCGUACAUCCUGCAAUUCAUCACAGCCAUCGCCCAGGAUCGCGAGCACUCCGAGGGUAACGUGUCGGCCUCCGUGGGUCUGUUGGGCGACCUCGUUACCGUCUUCGGAGCCAAACUACUGCCGAUGGUGGAAACCGAGCCGCUCAACGAGCUGCUGGCCAAGGGCCGGAAGUCGCGCACUCAUAAAACCAAAACUCUGGCGAGCUGGGCCGCCAAAGAGAUUCGAAAGCUCAAGACCGCCGCCAACGCUACGUCCAGUUGAUCACCCCACGGUUGUACUGUCGUGCAAUUUGAUUUGACUAGAAAGCUAUCAAACACAAUACAAAGACAACAAGAUUGGAUGUUGCGGAUGCGAGUUGAUGGAUGUGCGUGAGUUCCGAAGAGAUGGGGUGAUGAGUCUGCACGUGUCCCUAUCCUGGCGACGGUAUUUUAUCGAUAUCGGCGUCGAGCGCAGCCUAUGAUCCGAGAGAAAGGGUAUUUAGCGAGAGAGAGAGAGAGAGAAAGAAAGAGAGAAAACGAGUGAGAGAACGAGCGUGCGCGAGAUAGAGAGAAAAAGAGAGUGUGCGAGAGAGAGAGAGAGAGAGAGAGAGAGAGUAAAUAAGUAGUACCUGUCUGCCGAAUACCGACAAUGGAUGAUGAGGAGUGCAAGUGGAUGUUGCCGAUGAAUGAGCCAAGGCCGAAGCCUGCUGAGAGAGAGAGAGAUAGAGAGAGAGAGAGAGAGAGAGAGAGAGAGAGAGAGAGAGAUGUUGCAAGUAUGCUUGGUAAACGAGUUUGCGACUUCUACCCGCGUGAUUGAGAGGUUAAAUCUGUUGAGAAGACUACUUCGAUGGACGUGAUGAUUGUGAGCUGUGAGAGGAAUGAACGGAAGAAGAUAUGCAAGAGAAGGAGAAAGUGAGAUGCUACGAGUGUAAUCAAGCAAAACCGAGAAAGGCUGAACGGAGAGUACAUGUGUGAGUGAAGAAGAGUGAGAAUGAAAGACAUAGGGAGAAUUUUGGAUGAAUAAAGUGACAGCAUGAAAGAGAGAGAGAGAGAGAGAGAGAGAUGAGGAAGAAAGAGAAUGUAAGAUAUAGUAAAAUACAAACGCGCGUGUGUAUGUGUGUAUAUGUAUGUGUGUGUAUGUGAAAGAGAAAAGACGAUAGACUUUUUGAUUCACGGUUGACACGUUGCGAAGCCCUUGUCGAGCUUUUUAACGAUGUGCACCAGAUUCCGAAUCACAUCUUAUAGCUAUCAUUGCUGAGAGUCGAAUUUAUGCACGUAUGAAAGAGAUUUCAGUUUCCUGUGUAAUCUGAGCGAGGUGCGAAUGAAUAACGAGGCAGAGAGAGAGAGAGAGGGAGAGAAAGAGAUAGGGUGACUGGCAAUGAGAGAAAGAGAGACUGAAUGUGAAAGAUCAGGGGAAUUCGUGAUGGAUGAACCCUGUUCUGAUCGUGCUGCGCGAGUAUAUCGCGUGAUCUGUUGUAGUUGUAUGAGACGAGUUGUAUAUGUUACUUUUCCCCCCCGUAUACACGUGAAUGUCUGUUGCUCUGUUGGUUCAUUAAAGUUAAUAUUUUGCUGGUAUAAGUGAUUUAGUUGUACUGAAGUCCUCGUCCGGCCUUAAACGUCCGUAGGAACAAAUGAUAUCGAGUGCUCAAGAUCAAUCCCACUCCACUAACCCAUCCACUCACCUACCCACCCACCGCCCCCCACUUCUGCCCUCUCAAACACUCUCCCUGCCCUGACCCCGUUGAUAUACAUACUACACACGUGCAUCCCUCUUAGUAAUCGAGCACUUUACGCGAUCACGGUACUCGCAAGUAGCGCCACAGACGAGGAGCGCGCGCGAGAGAGAGAAAGAGAGAGAGAGAGAGAGAGAGAGAGAGAGAGAGAGAGAGAGCUUUUCGCACUGCCAUUGGAACAACGCUGCACGGCUUGUCCAGACAUUUUUUAAACACUCGUUUCUUCCUUCCAUGUGAGACGUCUGAGGCGCACCGCAAAUCACUCGAGUCCGUUUUGGGUGAAAUCAUCGUCUUCCCGGUCGCACGUUGCCGUGCAGGGACGUCCGUCCCGUCGUGAUGCUUUUGCAUGACGGGAGGGCCCUUUCACGGUUCACCAGCACUUCGAAGCGGUACCGUAAUCGCGUAAACUAGUCGAGUCACGUUAAACGGGUGAUUGACAUAGCCUAGUGUCACUUGGAAAGAGAAAGAGUGACGGAUCUCAUCGCGAACGAGAUCGCGAAUAAAGUCUCGAGAUUCGUGCAAGCAACUCCUCCAACAUUUGACCGGGUUGUCUCAAGUAUCCCGUACUUCUACCUCCGCUUGUACCGCGUCCUUGAUGACACGUAGCCAGCGCCGUGCCGACCGCGAAUCGUGUUCAGUAUAUAGAGUCUAUUACCUCGCGUAUUUUCGGAAACUGGAUUAGAUACGUAACAUGUCAUGACAAGUGUAUAGUGACAUUCUGUCAAAAAAAAGAUAAAAAGGGAAAAGAGGCCGGCCGGUCGGUGCCGUAACAAUGCGAUACGUGGGUUACGUCGCGUCGUCGAGAAACGUGUCUGUGGUAGUGCCAUGCAUUCCAAAUACUUUCGCCAGCGGGUGUGCCGGUACUUUUCGUAAUUUGAGUAUUUUAUAACGAUUUCGUUCGUAAUAUACCCUGUCCUCGUCCCUUACUCGUAUCCGCCUCUUAUGUGAAUUUUGGAGUGCGAGAGAGAGAGAGAGAGAGAGAGAGAGAGAGAGAGAGAGAGAAAGAAAGAAAGAAAGAAAGAAAGAGAGGGUGAUGAUGCAUAAUGACGUAGCGUAGGAGUCUCAAGUUCUCAAGUUUAAAACACGAGGCAAGCGUGUUUUAACAAACGUAAGCGUGAAAACGCACAAUUUUCUCUGGCACCCAUCCGAUAAAUGAGACUGUGAGAAUGUAUCGGACGAUCACACGUUGGCUGAUUUAUUAUUACAUACCUUGCGUCUCUAGGCCAGAAUUCUCGUGCGACUUGAAUUUUCUCGUCGAUGAAACCGAUGCACGUACAAAACGAGACGUACGCGUUCUCCUCUGGUGAUUUUUUAUACUUGUGAAUAUUAUUUUGCAAUGUGACGACGUUGGUUGCAUACCCGCAUAAGUGUUGCCACACGAUACUUUCGUAGUCUGGGUUUUUUUACGAGAAUCAUUUUAAGUCGCAUCUAUACUUAUGUAACGCGCGAUAUACAGAAAGAUUAAGAGAGGAAAGAUAACCUGUUUGUUUUUUAUUCGUUUGAGUGGUGUUUACAUCAACUUGAUUUUUCAUUUACGCGUUUAAGUCUUGUAACGAUGAGACAUGAUGAUAAUGAUGGACUAUUCUCGAUAGGUAAUUUGUAACAUAUUGCCAAAUUGUAAAUAAGCAAGUGAAACAUUUAAUUACCGAUUUGAAGGAUCUCUAUCGAUAUAUUAAUAUUUAAUAGAAUACACACACAAUAAGGACGAAUAUAUAUUUUUUUUAGAACCUCUUUCAAAGAAGAAGGAUAUAAACUAUUUUUCUAUGACAAAAGAUUUUCACAAAUUGUAAGGUAAAACUAAUGUCUUGUCGCGGGUUGAUAUAUUUCCUUCUUGCAAAUGCGCAGGAAAAUUAUUUCGAAUUUGUGGCAAUAUUUAUCCGAGGAAUUUCAUUUCUGUAUGUAUUUUAAGGCUGCUGGUGCUAUUUGUUCAAUAGCGAUUUUCAAAAAUCUGUCGGACACAUUUUUGUAUCUCUUUUUUUUUUUUGAAAUAAUAAAUUGCAAAACAUGAUACCACUUGAUCUGACAAAAUUUAUUAAGUAACUUAGCACACAAAAAUGCAAUAGUUAAAUAUUUCCGCACGGUCAAUGGUAAUUAAUUAUUACGAAUAUUAACAAACGGCUCUAUUAGUGACCAACUAAGAAAGGAAGAAAUAAUGACCGAUAAGAACCAAAUCGCGAUUUUGUAGCGAUGUGUGUAAAUUAUUACAUCGAGGGAGAAUAUAAAUAUUCAUUGCGUAUUACGUACACACCAAAAAAUUUUUUGGACAAACGUAUGCAACGAAUCAGCCUUCCGCGAAAGAAUCUUGAAUCCCAAUGAUGUAAUUUAUUAUUAAAACACCUGAAACGUCCCCUAAUUAAUAAAUUAAAUGAAAUUAUUAUUUG